GCUAACGUUCACACUGAAUGGACUGAGUUUGAGGAAGCGGCGCAGGAGGCAGAGACCAUGGCGCCUUUAGAUUUGGAUAACUACGCGGAGAUCGCUAAACAGUGUAAAUAUCUCCCAGAGAAUGAUCUAAAGAGGUUAUGUGACUACGUGUGUGACCUCCUGCUGGAGGAAUCCAACGUCCAGCCCGUUUCCACUCCUGUGACAGUCUGUGGAGACAUACAUGGACAGUUUUAUGAUCUUUGUGAACUUUUUCGAACUGGUGGCCAAGUUCCUGACACAAACUACAUCUUCAUGGGUGACUUUGUUGACCGUGGCUACUACAGUUUGGAAACAUUCACCUAUUUGCUGGUGCUCAAAGCCAAGUGGCCCGAUCGCAUCACACUCCUGAGAGGGAACCAUGAGAGCAGGCAAAUCACACAAGUUUAUGGCUUUUAUGAUGAAUGUCAGACCAAAUAUGGAAAUGCAAAUGCCUGGCGCUAUUGUACAAAAGUAUUUGAUAUGUUAACAGUAGCAGCACUGAUGGAUGAGCAGAUACUGUGUGUACACGGGGGCCUUUCUCCAGACAUCAAAACGUUGGACCAGAUUCGGACAAUCGAGAGGAACCAGGAGAUCCCUCACAAAGGAGCGUUCUGUGACCUAGUGUGGUCUGACCCUGAAGAUGUGGAUACGUGGGCCAUCAGUCCUAGAGGAGCGGGCUGGUUGUUUGGAGCUAAAGUCACAAAUGAGUUCGUCCACAUUAACAACCUGAAGCUGAUCUGCCGUGCUCACCAGCUUGUGCAUGAAGGCUACAAGUUUAUGUUCGACGAGAAGCUGGUCACUGUCUGGUCUGCCCCGAACUACUGCUACCGCUGCGGCAACAUCGCCUCUAUCAUGGUGUUUAAAAACGCAGACACCAGGGAGCCCAAGCUGUUCAGAGCUGUACCAGAUUCAGAAAGAGUUAUCCCCCCCAGAACAACUAUCCCAUACUUCCUUUAGACAGAAGAGACUGUACCGCCAUGUGGUCGAAAAUGGAUAACGGAACAUUUGAACUCAAUGAAAGUAGUCAUUGAAUUUCAUUAGCACUUGUGAAAAUGUAUGAAUUUUGUAUAGUAUGUAUAUUCAAUGCUUCUCUUUGUGCCAACUGUCUGUUCAUUUCUGUCACUGCUUUGUAUUUACUGACAUUAAAAUAGUUGGCUCCACAGCACCCCCUGAUGUUACAAUGUUUUAUAAAAACAAGUAUAAAAAUGAAUGCUGAUGCUCAUUGACUGUUAAAAUGUUUAUAGAUAUUAUUUUUAUUUUUUACUCAGAAAAAAAAAACUCAGCUGAUGAAAGUGUUGUGUAAAAUAUAAUAUUUUAUUUUGCCACUCUAAUGUAUUGAUGCUUGUGUAUAGGACUGCACCAAAUAUGCAUUCUCAAUCUAACUGUGGAGUUCACAGUGUUACAGUGCAGUCCCAUCAAUUAAUAAACAUCUAUGUAAAUG